CCGGUGGAGACAUGGCGCCACUGCUCCGUGCGUGGCCCUACCUUCUCCCGCUGCUCGCGCUGCUGCCCUGCCUCUGCUGCCUCGCAGGCCUCGCGGUCGCGCAGUCGCAAUCCCAACCGGCGGCAGAGGUGGACGAGGCGCAGCUGCUGCUCCAGAUCAAGAGUGCGUGGGGGGACCCACGCGUGCUCGAGGGGUGGAAGAACACCUCGGCACCGGGCGGGCACUGCAGCUGGCGAUUCAUCAAGUGCAACGCGGCCGGGCGCGUCGUGAUGCUUACCCUCGCCGGCACCGCCGCCGUCGCAGGCCCUUUCCCCGACGCCAUCGGCGGCCUCUCGGCCCUGGCCUACCUCGACGUCUCCAGCAACAACAUCUCCGGCGCGUUCCCGACCACGCUGUAUCGCUGCGCUUCGCUCGACUACCUCGACCUGUCGCAGAACAACUUCACCGGUGAGCUGCCGUCAGACAUCGGCCGCCGCCUGACGCCGAAUCUAACAACUCUGUUGCUUCACAGCAACGGAUUCAGUGGCUCCAUCCCAGCGGAUCUCGGUGCGCUAACAAGCCUUCAGUACUUGGACCUCGGAGGAAACCCGUUCGACGCUGGCGGGCUGCCAGCCUCAUUAAAGAACCUGUCCAAGCUGCUCUACCUUGACGCGUCGCAGUGCAACCUCGUUGGCGACUUCCCGAGCCAUGUGCUUGAGAUGUCGGAGUUGGAGGUACUGGACCUGUCAAUGAACGCCUUGACAGGAAGCAUACCUCCGAGGAUUUGGAGCCUCAAGAAGCUGCAAGCAUUGUAUUUGUGCAGGACCAACCUCACCGGUGAGAUAGUGGUUGAUGAUGAGUUCGCCGCCAAGAGCUUAGGACGUAUCACCAUUUUUGACAACUAUAACCUUACUGGAAGCAUCCCGGAAGUCUUUGGGCAUUUGGAGAACCUCACACACUUGUUCCUCUACAGCAACAACCUCUCCGGCGAGAUACCAGAGAGCAUCGGCCGAUUACCGUCACUUUAUCUGUUGGAUCUAUCCAAUAACAGGUUUAAUGGCACGCUCCCACCGGAUCUUGGGAAGCAUUCUGACUUGGUUUCGGUUAAUGCUGAUAAUAACAAGCUUACAGGCGCCAUCCCAGAAGGCCUGUGCUCCAAAGGACAGUUCGUUUCCCUCUCCGCCCGUGGCAACCAUUUGAACGGCUCCAUCCCGACAGGCCUCGCCGCCUGCAAAUCUCUGGAAUGGCUGGCUCUAGACGAUAACCAGCUCUCUGGAAAUGUGCCACUAGCUCUUUGGACGGCCACGCAGCUUAGCUACUUGACGUUAAGGAAUAACCAGCUCAGUGGGAAUCUUUUUUAGAAAUA